AUGGCAGCAUCAUAAUGUUAGCCAGUAGUUAGCGGCCACAGGCCUGUGUUUUUGUUACACGUUGACUGCACACAUCAGCUGAGGUAUUCGGGGCAUAAUUUUAUCCUGUUUAUUAUAUUUAUCCUAUUUAAGGAAACAUGAAAGAGGAGUUUACUUCAAAAUGUGUCGCUGUCAAAAAGUUUCCUUUGGAAAUAGCUAACAUUAACUACUUACUUAGCAACGGUUAACUACCUCAUUACUUUGCAGUCGCCGGAACAGGUGAAAGACCAAAAGAACUUAAUUGGCAUUAUGAUUAAGCGUUUACCCAAAGAAGUUCAGGGGAAGCUUCGCACCGGUGUCGCCAUCCCCUCGCUUCAGCAGUGCGUGGAGGAGCUUAUUCUGAACAGCAUCGAUGCCGGGGCGACCUGUGUGGGAGUCCGGAUGGACAUGGAGGCAUUUAAAGUUCAGGUGAUCGACAACGGUGCCGGGAUGAGCGCUGAGGACAUGGACUGUGUGGGGAAUAGAUACCACACAAGUAAAUGCAGCUCUGUGACAGACCUGGACAACCUCAGGUGGUAUGGUUUCAGAGGGGAAGCCUUGGCAAGUAUAGUUUCUUUAGCCACACUUGUUGAAAUCUCCACACGGACCAGAUCAUCAGUAAAAACACACGUUAAAAUAUUCAAGGAGGGCAAGGGCUUGGAUGUCUUUGAAGCAGAGACUGCACGACCUUCUGCAGGGACAACUGUCAUAAUUUGUAACUUCUUCCACAACAUGCCAGUCCGGAGGAAGAGGGUUGAUGCCGUCCUGGAGGGUGAGAGGAUCAGACACAGAGUGGAGGCUAUCUCCCUGAUGCACCCCUCUGUGUCCUUCACCCUGAAGAAUGACUGCACAGGAGCCAUGAUGGUGCAGCUCCCUAAAGCGAGAAACACCUAUCACAGGUUUGUUCAGAUACACAGCCUUGGGCGAGCAGAGAAGCUGGGAGAAAUCAGCUACACAUACAAACAGUUUGAAGUGAUGGGUUACAUUGGCAGAGAGGGCCAUUACAAUAACAGCUUACAGUUCCUGUACGUGAAUGAAAGACUGCUGUUGAAAACACGUAUCCACAAGCUGCUGAACGUUGUCCUGCGCCGACUGACCAGUUCAAACCAGAAAAAUGACUGUCUGGACGGGCAGUCUGUCAUCAGGAGUCCAAAGCACAAGCGAAGCCAAGAUCUGUAUGGCGUGUACAUCAUUGAUAUUAAAUGCUCUUACUCAGAGUAUGACAUUUGUCUGGAGCCUGGCAAAACUCUAAUAGAGUUCAAAGACUGGGAUGGCAUUUUGCUCUGUAUAGAAGAAGCAGUGAAAGCUUUCCUGAGCAGGGAGAACUUGGUGGCUGUCCUUACACAAGAUGACUUGGAUUACGCAUCUCCAGGAGUGUUUGUCACUGACAAAACAGACCAAUUAGAGAAUAGUGACAAAGAUGGCCAAGCAGCUAUUGGUAUUUCUAUAAUGGACUGCAGUAUUGGAAUGAGACUGGCAUCUGAAUCUGUUCAUCGUAAUCAUGCAGACGACCGUGUUUGCCCGGAGGGUAGAUCAGAUAAGAGUGAAGAACCCGACCACAAAAAGAGAAGUACAAAUGAGCUGGAAAAUAUACACAGUGAAAAAUGCUUAAAUAAUGAACAUAGAGAUGAGCUGAUGUCUGAUCUGUCUACAGUGGAACCUCCAUCUCAUAAUAUUAAUGAAGAAGAGGAGCCAACAUACAGUAAAGCUGGGGAAGGAUCUAAUAGUUUACAUAAUUCAAGUGAGCUGCAUUUAAAAGAAGCAGACAACAGCCUCAUUCAACAAGCCCAGCCCGUUUCAAACUAUACUGAGCAAAUAGUACCCGACUGUCAGCCUACAGGCAGCCAUGCACAGACUCUAGUAAGCAAUAGAAAGAUCAGAUUAUCUGAUCCAUUCAUUCAAGAAAGUCUGCAGACUCAGGACCUUUUGAAAAGCAAUAGGCCAGUAUUUCAGGAGGAAGAUUCAACAGCAAAAUCUGAAGAAAAAUCUUUAUCAAAAUGCAAAAUCUCUCUAGACGCAAACAGAUCUUCUCAGAAACAAUACAGAAACUCUGCUUCUGUCAUCCCCUCAAAGAUGCCCAAGAUAAUGUCAUGCCAGAAAUUGUCUGGAUCUCUUGACAAGUUUCGAAGAACAUAUGUUAAAUCUGGUGAGCCGAAAUUAACAUUACCUGAGGUUCAUUUGAAGAGCAACACUCUUCAUAAAGACCACUUUUUUUUGACUACGGCAGUUCUCCAGAAAGAUCAAGAACAAUGUGAGAUGCGAGAAAAAGAGGAGACACCGAGCGGCCGCCGAAGCCCACCAACCCUCUCUGUGUUCACUAAGAUAAAACCGGAAUCAGCACAGAACAGAGGUAAAAAAUCUUUGGCAGCUAAACUCUGCCAUUUGAAGCAACACAGGACAAAAGAGUCAGAAGAAUCACUGGAUAUGUCCAGAAAUAUCUCAAAGGACAGUAUCUUUCUCAGUAGUGGAAACGAUGGCGUCCGAGAGCGCAGUGAGAAUCCCUGUGGCCUUGCAGUAAAUAUCCAGCCAGUCUCAGGAUGCAGUAUAAACCCUGAACUUGCUGCGAAUGAAGAGGAUACCGCAUCGAGUGACUGGCUUCAACACUACGACACAUCUGUCGGAAAGACGGUUUAUGUCAACAGAGUGACCGGGCUCAGCAGAUACGAGGACCCUCCCAUGGAGGAAACACAAGUGCGCUGCACAUCUGAUGUCACCAAUAUGGCAGUUAGUGUCAUUUCUGAAAUGGGGAUGGAAUACAGGUGUUAUCCAUUUCAAGUGGAUCUAGUGUUGCCUUUCCUGCCUAAGUCCAGACCAGGAAGGGUAAUUAGAUCAGGGCCUGAUUGUAGAGAUGAUGUUAAUGAAAGCUCAAACUCACUUUCCUCAUUGUACUCAAAGUGGAAUAAUCCCGUGUUUGUCCGCCCUCCUAUGGUUGGUGUGGAUAUUUCCAGUGGACAAGCUGACGGACUGGCUGUAAAGAUCCACAACAUUUUGUUUCCCUACCGCUUCUCUAAGUCCAUGAUUCACUCCAUGAAGGUUAUUCAUCAGGUGGAUAAAAAGUUUCUCGCAUGCCUUAUUAAUACAAGGAACGAAGAGCAAGUGGAACACAGUGAAACUGAAGGAAACCUGUUGGUGCUGGUGGAUCAGCAUGCUGCACACGAAAGAGUGCGACUUGAAACUUUAAUUGCAGAUUCAUAUGAAGAUGACCCAGAUGCCCCAGGAGAGAGACGCCUGUGUACUUCAACCAUUUUGCCACCUCUCGGGAUCAGUGUAACAGAAGAGGAGCUAAGGCUGCUGAGGUCUUGUCAGCCACAUUUAAAGAGGUUGGGCCUGGAAGUUACUUUUUCACCAGCAGCAGAUUUACAAGUGUUUGUCGGGAAGGUACCAUUAUGUUUUAUGGAAAAAGAGAGUAACGAGCUGAGGCGAGGAAGGCCAUCUGUUAUAAAGCCUAUUGCUGAGGAGUAUCUUCGAGAGCAGAUUGAGCUACUCCGCUCAACAGGUACAGUGAGAGGAACUUUGCCUCUCACUGUUUUGAAAGUGCUUGCUUCACUAGCGUGCCACGGUGCCAUCAAAUUCAAUGACCCUCUAAGUAGAGAUGAAUGCUACAGCUUAGUGGCAUCCUUGUCUGCCUGCCAGCUGCCCUUCCAGUGUGCUCAUGGCCGUCCAUCCAUUGUUCCCCUCGUAGAUGUCCUUCAUUUGGACAAAGAUAACACGGAACUCCAGAAACCCAACCUCCAAAAGCUGAGAAAAAUGUAUAAAACGUGGAAACUAUAUGGAAAUUCUUAAGGUCAAACAUGGUGAUGGUCUGGGACGGCUUUGCUGCAUCAGGACUUGGACAACUUGCUGUAAUUGAUGGAACCACGACGUCUGUGCUCUACCGGAAAGCCACCAGUUCGUGCCCUA